AUGAAGGCUUAUGGCGUUAGACCGCAGGCAAUGGAAGGCAUGACGGGUAUGGAUUUAUUGAGGACUUUAAAGGUGGAUAUGAGGCAUAAGCUAAGACCAAAGAUCAUUUGGGUCGACUGGUCCCCUCCUCCUUCUGGUUGUUUAAAGCUAAAUGUGGAUGGGGUAUCGAAAGCUGCCUUUUCUGCUCUUCCUUUUGCAGCUGCUUUUCAUGCGUCUGUUCACCUGAUUACAGCUGGGCUUCCAGCUGGUUUUCAAAUUGAUUUCCAGCUGGAUUUUCAGCUGCUGUUCAGCUGCUCCGCUGGACUUCCAGCUGGUUUUAAUGUUUCUCCAGCUGGAUUUUCAGCCGUUUUUCAUGCUUUUGCGCCAUUCAGCUGA